UCGCCGGGGAGGUUUUCUAAAUGGCUACUUUUAUUGGUUGUUGGGGUUUUAGUAAUGGUAGUAUUUAAACUACCUGGAUUUAACCAUCAUUAUGGACUAGAGGGGAUGUCAUUACGUCAAAUGCUACCUUCUAUCAAAUCUCUUCUACUUUCGCAUAAUGCAUCGAGGGUAUAAUAUUUCAUUGUGCCAUCCUUUUCGGUCGUGAUAGCCGAAACCAGACCCCUGAAUACCCUCCUCCCCUUUUGUUUCCACGACAGCUCUACUCGGUGCCUCGGGACAGACAGCACAAAAUCACCGUGUGCGCACGAGCACACGUCUAGCAAGGAAAACAACUGGCACCGUCGGUUCAUUAGCCAAAGUCCCGGGUUGCGACCGACACAACCUGCUCCUGGUUUUCCUCCUAAAAGGGCUUUACUCUUGUCUUCAAAGGGUGGCUGGUAUCGUGGAGACAUGGCAGAAGCGGAGUUACAAACCUUUACCUCUAUAAUGGACGCGUUGGUUCGAAUUAGUUCCAACAUGAAGAGUAUGGAGAAGGAGCUGCAUUGCCCGGUGUGUGAUGAGAUGGUGAAGCAGCCCAUCCUCCUGCCCUGCCAACACAGCGUGUGUUUGCUGUGUGCGGCUGAGGUUUUAGUACAAAGAGGCUACCCACCACCGGACCUUCCUCCAGAGCCAAAUUCACCAGCCUCCACUCCCAACACCCGCUCCCCACGACAGGCACGGAGACCUGCACCCAGGACCCCUGACCGCUUGGAGAGGGUCCUCAGAACAGUGUGUGGCACAUACCCAGGACGGAGGCGGAAGGACGCCGCCCAUCCCCCUAUGCUGUUCCCAUGUCCUUCCUGUCAGGAGGAUGUGGAGCUUGGAGAGAAAGGUCUGACAGACUGCCUCCGCAACCUCACGCUGGAGCGGAUUGUGGAGAGGUACAGGCACACAGUCAGUUUGGGCAGUGUAGCCAUCAUGUGUGGUUUCUGUAAGCCUCCUCAGUCUCUGGAGGCCACAAAGGGCUGUGCUGACUGCAAGUCCAACUUCUGCAAUGAAUGUUUCAAACUCUACCACCCCUGGGGAACUCCUCGAGCUCAGCAUGAACACAUUCUACCCACCAACAACUUCCGCCCAAAGGUCUUAACCUGCACAGAGCAUGAGCAGGAGAGGAUGCAGUGGUACUGUCGAAGCUGCCAAAGGUUGCUGUGCCCACUUUGUAAGCUCCGUCGUGUCCACCAUGGACAUAAAGUGUUGCCAAUAGCACAGGCCUACCAGGCCCUCAAAGACAAAGUCAACAAAGAAAUGAACUUCAUCCUGGCCAACCAGGAGACUAUACAGACUCAGAUCACUCAGCUGGAAGCUGCAAUAAAACAGAUGGAGGCAAACAGCACAGUGGCUUUGCAUCAUCUGACCCACAGUAUCAGAGAGCUGGGCGCAGCAGUAGCUGAGCGUCAGGGGACACUGGCUCUGGCCCUGGAGGGAUCCCGCAACAGGAGGGAGGAGGCCCUGUCCUCUCAGGUGUCAGAGAGGCGAGGUCUGCUGGAGCAUGCAGGACUGAUGGCGUACACACAAGAGCUGCUGAAAGAGACUGAUGCACCCUGCUUUGUACAGGCUGCCAGAGUCACUCACAACAGGCUUAUGAAGGCCAUAGAACACCUCCAGUGUUUCGCUCUUUCUGCUGAUCCCUGCUUCAGAGAUUAUCACCUCGAUGCAUCUAAAGAGGUGAAGCUCAUCCAAGCCUUGGAGUUUAUACGUGCCCCACUGGCUCCAGUCAUCGACACACAGAAGACACUCGCCUAUGACCAGCUUUUUCUGUGCUGGCGCCUCCCCCAGGACUCGGCCCCAGCCUGGCACUUCUCUGUGGAGUACCAGCGACGAGAGGGAGGAGCUGCAGCCACAUGGGGUGGCAUCAGGUCCCCUAAUGCUGCGACAGCGUGGCUGCGUCUAGAUGAAGUGAGAGGGACGAGUGCUGUGGUCGAUCGGCUGCAGAUGGAUAGCGUUUACGUGCUCAGGGUGAGAGGCUGCAACAAGGCUGGGUUUGGAGACUACAGUGAAGAAGUUUACCUCCACACUCCACCAGCACCUGUAUUGAGCUUCUCCUUGGACUCACGCUGGGGGCUGCACGCUGAUAGGCUGGCACUGGGUAAAGGUCAAACUUACGCCCGCAGUGUGCCAGGGCUCUCCCUCCUGCAGGCCGCUGACCGCACGCUCACUUCCUGCCACUUGACCUCUGACCUGCUGGUGGCUGAUGUGGCUGUCACUCAAGGCAGACACUACUGGGCAUGCUCUGUGGAGCCUGGAUCCUACCUGGUAAAGGUGGGAGUCGGGCAGGAGGUUAAGCUACAAGAAUGGUUUCAUCUCCCCCAGGACAUGACGAGCCCUCGCUGCGACCCAGACAGCGGCCACGAUAGUGGGGCAGAGGACGGCCAGGAAUCUCCCCCCUUCUGCUUUCUUACAAUAGGCAUGGGUAAGAUGCUGCUUCCUCAGGGACACAGCCACAGCCACAGCCACAGUCAGAGCCAGUCAGAGGGAGCUUUACACUCCCACAGUAGCAGCCACAGUAACCUCCCUCACCAUUACACCGCUCCGCUUCCACCUCGACUGGGAGUGUGUCUUGACUGCGACAAAGGACGUGUCACCUUCUAUGAUGCCCAUUCCUUGAGGAUCCUGUGGGAGGGACAUUUGGAUUGUUCCGCUCCCGUGUGUCCGGCCUUCUGCUUCAUCGGCGGGGGGGCCCUGCAGCUCCAGGAUCUUGUGGCCAAUCGCAGCAUUGAGGAGCCGCCUCCUCGGAGGGUAACUAUCCAAACACGUGCGACUAAUCUCAGCAAAUAGACUGCAGAGAUGGCAGUCAUGAUUACAAGAAUGGUUUGCUGAAAGUUUUUACACGUCUGAGUCAAAGGUGGUUAUAUUGACCAUUAAUUCUAAUCUGAUAAAUGCCUUGAUACUGUCAAACUUCUACUUGAUUAAACUGUCACAGCUGAUAUGGUUAUGUUUUAUCCUUUGAAUGUGAUUAUUGGGAUCUGACAACAAAUACCAGGUGUUCUUUUGCAUUUGCACUUCAAUGACAAUAUCAAAUCACACAUUUUGGCUUUAUUUAUUCCUUCAACGUUUAAUCAUGCUUUUGUUUUCCAUGAUUUUGCAAUGCUCUUAUGGACAUUGUGGCUGAAGUGAGCUUAGACUAUGCAGAAUUCUGUUGAUGGGUGAAGUCAAGCACCCGUAUAACAGAUUAAAUGAUCAGUUUGCAAUAUAAAAAAUCUGCCCUUCAUUUACUCUUGUCCUAAUUUGUCCCAGAAAGACUGGACAACAAGUAUUGCAUGAAAGUGAAAAGCUAUUACUCAUAACUAACAUACUCCUUUUUGCAGAUUAUUGACUGUCAUCCUGUAAAAGCACCUCUAAUGUACUGUAUGUCUAAUUUUAUAUCUUCAAUUUUUUAUGUAGCCUCAAAAAGAGUUAAAAAUGUGUGUAAAAAUCAGAAUUAGAGAAUGUGAAUAUAAAUGGAUUGUUGAAUUGUAAAGCGCUGUUGGCUCAUGACAGGAUCAUGUGUCUGUGUCAGUAGUUAUUUUAUGGAGUCGCUGUUUUGCAUUUCAAAAGGACUUGUGGGAAACAUCACAGCUGAAUCUUUUUUAUUACAGGAGAUACAAAUGUGUAAAAGGUUCUGAGGAAUAAUGUCUGAUAAUGCUGUUGAACUCAGAAAAUGUGAAUACAUUACAGUGUCUCAUUUGGCUGAGAGUUAAAAAUGUCUAAGGCCUACUUGUCCGGUAUUUGACUGUGGUUUUCGAGAAAUUUGCACAUAACUAGACGUGACAUUUAAGAAAGUACUAACUAUAGCUGAAUGAUUCUGAAAACAUAUUGAAUUGUGAUUAUUUUGACUUACAUUGCAAUUUUGGUAUUGUUCACAGUUUAUUUGUGCAGGAACAACCAUAAAGAAAGUAAACCGUUGCCACACUACAACACUUGUAGCCUAAGCUAAUUCACAGUGCCUGUCCCAAGCUGGGCCUUUAAAAUACAAUACUGUGCCAAAGUCUUAGGACAUCACUAGCUAUCUUUUUAGCAGAAUUUAAUGAUAAUCCGUUUUAUUACUGAUACUUUUAUUCAUAAUAUACAGUGUCUACAAAAAGUAUUCACCCCCUUGGUUGUUAUACCCUUUUACUAAUAUUGUAACACAGCCAUGGUCAAUAUAAUUUGGCUCUUUUUGACAAAGAAGAUAAAAAAUAAAGUUCUCUUGCAGACCACAAAUAAUUGUCCUCCAUGAUUUUCCUAUAUUUCGCCACGUUCAUUUGACCCUCUACAUUAACAAGCCAUCCAUGGCUGGCUACAAAGAAGCAUCCCCACAGUAUGAUGCUUCCAACACCUUGCUACACAGGGAGGAUGGUGUGUUACUGGUGAUGUGCAUUGUUUGGCAUCUGCCAAACAUAGUGUCUUGUCUGAUGGUCAAAAAGCACCAUUUUGGUCUCAUCAGACCAAAGACCUUUAUUCCACUUGACCAUGGAGUCUGCUACAUGCCUUUUGGCAAACUGUAGCUGAGAUUUAAUCCGAUAAAGCUUUGCAUGGUGAAAAACCUGGGCAACAGUUGUUGUAUGCAGAGUCUCUCCCAUCUCAACAGCUGAAGCUUGUAACUCCUUCAGAAUAGUCAUAGGCACCUUGGUGGUCUCUCUCACUAGCUGUCUUGGAUAGUCACUCAGUUUAUGAGGACAGCCUGAUCUAGGCAGAUGUGCCAUAUUCCUUUUAUUUCUUGAUGAUGGAUUUAACUGAACGUCAAGGGAUGUUCAGUGCCUUGAUGGUUUUUAAAGUAUCCAAUCCCUGACUUAUACUUUUCAAUAAUCCUUUCUCUGAGUUUCUUGGAGUUUUCUUUUGUCUUCAUGGUGUAAUGGUAGCCAGGGAUACUGAUUAACCAGUGACUGAGAUCUUCCAGACACAGGCCUCUUUAUACUACAAUCACUGCACCCAGAUGAUCAGGUGACUACUGACACCAAUUGGCUGGACCUCUGUUGAAUUAGGUUAACUUUAAAGGGGAUAAAUAUUUAUGCAAUCACUUACCUACAUAUUUUAAAUGACUUUGUAGAAAUCUGUUUUCACUUUGACAAAAAGGUUUUUUUUUUUAAUUUUUUGCCAAAAGCGCCAAAUUAUAUUGGCCAUGAUUGAUUUACAAAAUCAACAAAAGGGUAAAACAUCUAAGGCAUUGAAAACGCUUUAUGGGCCCUGUAUGUGUUUUUAAAAGGAAUAUCAUCCAAAGCUUCAUUAUUCUCAUUUUGAAUGAAAAAAGAGAACUGAACAUUUAUCAAAAUGUUAUGAUUGCAAUUUUUCACCAUUUGUGCAUCAAACAAAGAUGUUUUAUGUUGUCCACAACACCAUAUUUACCUUAAAAGGGAACUUUGACACACUUUUCACCUUAAGGAAUACUGCCUGCACCAUAUGAAAUUGCAGUAGGCUGUAUUUCUGUUUCAAUAUGGUUUCAGUAAUCUUUCAGCCUUAGUGCUAACUGAGGUCAGUUAGAGUAUAAAAGGUCUAUUAUGAGCUCUGGUUGUUUUUUUAACAGCUUUUGGUUGAACUCCCAGAUGCUCAUGAGCUGAUUUAAGUCAUAUGGGAAUGUAACAGCAUUGUUCUGUAUCAUUUCAGUGUCAGAGAUUGUUCUAAUAUUUUCAAACUGUCUGUCUCUGUAUGCAUUUUGAGAUGAAUUUAUGGUGUGUAUGUUUGUGUAAGUGAGCUUUGGCUGUGACCUUAAAGCUUUUUAUUGCGUGUGUGUGUGUGUGUGUGUGUUUCUGACCCGUCUUGAAAGAUGUGUCUAUACUCCUCUGCUCGUGUUACAGCUCAGCACAUGAUUGAGUGUAGACCGUAGCAUCUAAGAAAACAUGAUCUUUUCAUUUAGAUUUAGCCAUGUUGGCAGAAUG